CGCUGCUGCUACUGCGACAGAAUGCUACGGAAGGAGCACACACAGUCAAACCUGCACGAGCACCACCGGCACAAGUACCAGUGCCUGGGCUGCAGAUGGUCGGAGGCUUUCUUCUGGAACAAAGAAGACCAUUCGUACCACUGGCAGACAGUGCACGCGACGCUUGUGUGCGACAUCUGCCGGCAGACAAGGCGCAACACGCACGACAUGGAGCGCCACAUGAGAGCCAGUCACCUCCCAAUAAAAUGUCCGCAGUGUCCGCGCGUGUACUCCAAGUGGAAGUAUUACCGCCAGCACCAGAAGAUGGCGCACCCGGUGCUUGCGCUGGAGCCGCCCGAAUCCAGGUACUGCGUGGAGUGCGACAUGCAGUUCCCGUCCAUCAUGGCGUAUAAGAUGCAUGUCAUGAACCAACACCGGAACACGCCCAAAAAGAGCCUGCCUGUGUCUAGAUGGCCGUGCCCGGCGUGCAACAAGACACUCAACAACAAGGACACCAUGAAGAAACACUACGCCCUGUUCCACAGCGACAGGACCAGCUACCAGUGCCCCCACUGCGGCAAGUACUUGUCUUCGAAGUGCUCGCUACAGCACCACCUCAACUCGCACCUCAACAUCAAACUACCCAAGGAUAAGCUGUGCUCCAUAUGCGGCCGCGGUUUCUCGACGAAGCGCAUGCUCCGUUUCCACACGUACACGCACACGGGCGAGCGGCCGUACGCGUGCGCGCACUGCCCCGCCGCCUUCACGCAGCCCAACCCGCUGCGCGUGCACGCCAGGAAACUGCACCCGCAUCUGCCGCUCAACGUGCAGCCGAAGAAAGUUCAGCAAUAAAUUAUCAAAAAAAAAA